UUGCCCACAAUGCUUAGGUCCACGGUUGUAUUUUUCUGUACUUUUUUGGUACUUGAUCCUUAUAGAUCCCUAACCCAAGCUCAGGAUCGACAGCGCUACGUCUGUUUAUUAUCGGACCCUCCAAGUCAAUGCAGUGAAUAUUGCGUAUCCGCACUCCAACCUGUGAUCAAUCACAUUACAAAUAGGCAGAAGGAUUGGAAUACCUGCGAGGUGAAGCUGAACGAAACCCAGGAGACUCUAGAUCGACUAGAAGAACAUUUGGUAGUGAAACAGAUCGAAGCAGAGAAACAGCUGACUUCCCUUCAGGCCAAUUUGACACAAGCUAUCCCAAAGGAUCUCGAGCAAAGACUGACCCUAAUAGAAGCCAAUCAAAAAGACUUAUCACGCCAACUCUUUGCGAUAAAGAACAAUACCGAGAGCCAGCUAACCGACAUGCAGGAUACGCUAACCAAAGUGGACAGGAGGACCAUGCUGCAGAACUAUCAAAGGAUUGGCACCAGGCUAUUCUACAUUGAGCAUUACCUAUAUGUGGACUGGAGGACAGCGGAAAAGAUCUGUGUUGAGAUAGGCGGUCAUUUGGCUGCCUUUAAGAACGAACAAGAGUACAACGGUAUAGCUGGGCAACUGAAGCAGCAGAACUACUGGCUGGGCAUCAACGAUCUCGCCAAACAGGGCGAGUUCAUAUCCUUGGCCUCCGGCAAGCCGGCAACUUACUUCCAAUGGCGUUGGAAUGAGCCUAAGUAUGACAAAUUCGAUGGCAUCGAUGAGCAUUGUGCUUACAUCUAUGGAGUUAGGAACUACAUGAUAGUCUUAUCCUGCACCACUGAUCUAAUGCAUUUUAUUUGCCAAGCUGACGAUGAAGUCUAGUGAAGUAGGGGGAAAACCUACAGAGUUAAUUUU